UUUGAGAUCCUUAUAUUGCACUGCGAAGUGUGUUUUUGAUUUACAGACUUACAAAUAAAUUUAAACAUUUUUUUUUAAAAACAAAUAAUUGUCUUUUUUUUAGAUGUGAAAUUUGCAACAAAACAUUCUCUCGUACCCAUCAAUUGAAGCAACAUCUCCUCACAAUAAUCCACCAACAAAAGGAAGCCCAAAUGAAUCUUUACACCAAAGUGGAAGUAAUAAGCAAUGACGAUGUCAUAACCAGUUAAAUUUAUAUACCUAAUCUAAUUAAUAGUAAUUUGAUAAUAAUUUGCGUUUGAUAACUCUAAAAAAGAAAAAUAAAAAAAAAAUAAAGUAUCGUGGAUAAAGCUAUCGCAGAAUUUUUAUUUGAAAGUUUUCUCGAUAAAAAAGUUUGCUUUUGAUUUUCUUUUCUAUUUGUUUAUAGAUCAUGGAAAGUUUUACAUAAAAUAUAUAAUUUAUUUUUGUUUCAAUAAUUUAUCCAGGCGCAACACAGUCUCAAGAAUCUUUUCUUAUACUUUUGUUUUGUUUUAACAAUAAAUUAAAAAUAUAUAAAACAGAAGAACAGCUGCUGCUCUCUACCUCAAGACUACGGCCAGAAGGUUCUUCAUAUAUUAUAUUUCUCUUUUGGAUUUUGGAGCAACAAUGAUAGUCUUGGGAAUCAUAAACAGCAGAAUUUGUCACUGGCUUUUUUACACUUGCAUAGCUAUUUUGAUACCAUUUAGUACGUGUUCAAUUUCAGUCAACAGAAUUAUAACUAGAACACCGAAAGAUAAUGACAUUGGCCUAAUUUUUGAUAUAAACUUUAUAAAUACGGCAAAUGAAGAAAAAGAAUUAUUAGAAUGUCACAUUCGUUCGGAAAAUGAGUGCUGUAUAAAUUUGACAGAAAGCAUAGUAACCACCAAUGCUGGCAAAAUUGUUGGUGGUUUCUUUGGAUAUAUUGAACCAGGUGAAAUGAAAACUGUUUCUGUAAUUUGGCCAACAACUGAAUUAUUCAAUCGUGUCGGAUACUGUGAUAUUAUAAUUAGUUCAACAAAUAAUGUCAAAAACGAAGAAAAACACUUUACUGAAAAAUUAAAAUUUGACACUAGAUUUGCCCAAAUAGAUCCAUCGGGAACGACAUUUAGAAAACGCCCUGAUUAUCAAGAGUGUUUGAAUUGGGAUAUGGAUUUUUUAAAUAACUGUACACGCAUAAAUUGUGAAGAAAAAUACUUUGGUAAAAGAAACUUCUAUAAUAUAACAACAAAGAUGUGCGAACCUGCUGCAAAAUGUGAAGGAAAAAAUGAAAUUUAUGAUAUCUACUCAAAUGAAUGUUUGAACUCCGAUGAACUAAUGGAUCCUGAAGAAAUAGAAAAUAUAAAACGGGGAUAUUAUGAGAAUAAUACUUUGGAUUUUUCGAAGCCUAACCAUGAGAAUGCUAAUACAAAUGACGAAAAUAUCUGCCCGUCAGUAGAGAUGUAUCGUAAAGUCAAAGAACAAACAAUUUGGACAGAAAUUAUAAACGGACUUUCUAUAUUGAUUUUACUUUUUCUUCUACAGGUGAUAGCGACAAUUACAAUUUAUUCUUCAGUCUGCUUUUGUGUUUUUCUUCUCGUUAAUUGGAUGUCGAAAAUGUCUGUCAACAACAACAUUCCUCCACAUAAGAAUCUAUAAAGAACUACAUCAGUGCCCAGUUCCGUAUACGACUAGAUGCCUAAUCCUUAACACAUAAUUAAUGAGUAAAGGUUUAAAUGAAUUUAAUUAUACAAGUCGGUGUUCAAGUUCACUUUAUAUAAGAUGCAUUUUAAAUACAUUAAGAUUAUUUAUAACUCCU